AUGGAACAAGCAUGCCAAGAGUUAGAGGAGGAGGAAGCCGAGAGUCUCAUGGGUGCUGCCAAGAUGGGUGAAGUGUGUGGAGAGAUUGAAGAAGGGGCAGGUGAUGGUCUCGAGGAUGCUGCUGUGUUUGGCGCAAUAUGUGGAGAUGAUGAGGAAGGGGCAGCUGAGAGUCUUGUGAAUGCUGCUGGGAUGGAACAAGCCUGUCAAAGUUUAGAGGAGGCAGCUGAAAGUCUCAUGGGUGCUGCCAAAUUGGGUGAAGCCUGUGGAGAUAUUAAAGAAGGGGCAAGUGAUAGUCUCGUGGAUGAUGCUGUGUUUGACCCAGUAUAUGGAGAUGAGGGAGAAGGGGCAGCUGAGAGUCUUGUGAAUGCUGCCAGGAUGGAGGAAGGAGCCGAUCAAGAUUUAGAGGAGGAGGCAGCUGAAAGUCUCAUGGGUGCUGCCAAGAUGGAGGAAGCCUGUGGAGAUAUUGAGGAAGGGGUUGCUGUGUUUGACCCAGUAUGUGGAGAUGAGGAGGAAGGGGCAGCUGAGAGUUUUGUGAAUGCUGCCAGCAUGGAACAAGCCCACCAAGAUUUAGAGGAGGAGGCAGCUGAAAGUAUCAUAGGUGCUGCUAAGAUGGGGGAAGCCUGUGGAGAUAUUGAGGAAGGGGCUUCUGUGUUUGACCCAGUAUGUGGAGAUGAUGAGGAAGGGGCAGAUGAGAGUCUUGUGAAUGCUGCCAGGAUGGAAGAAGCCGAUCAAGAUUUAGAGGAGGAGGCAGCUGAAAGUCUCAUGGGUGCUGCCAAGAUGGGUGAAGCCUGUGGAGAUAUUGAGGAAGGGGCUUCUGUGUUUGACCCAGAAAUUGGAGAUGAUGAGGAAGGGGCAGCUGAGAGUCUUUUGAAUGCUGCCAGGAUGGAAGAAGCCGAUCAAGAUUUAGAGGAGGAGGUAGCUGAAAGUCUCAUGGGUGCUGCUAAGAUGGGGGAAGCCUGUGGAGAUAUUGAGGAAGGGACUUCUGUGUUUGACCCAGUAUGUGGAGAUGAUGAGGAAGGGGCAGCUGAGAGUCUUGUGAAUGCUGUCAGGAUGGAAAAAGCCGAUCAAGAUUUAGAGGAGGAGGCAGCUGAAAGUCUCAUAGGUGCUGCUAAGAUGGGGGAAGCCUGUGGAGAUAUUGAGGAAGGGGCUUCUGUGUUUGACCCAGUAUGUGGAGAUGAUGAGGAAGGGGCAGCUGAGAGUCUUGUGAAUGCUACCAGGAUGGAAGAAGCCGAUCAAGAUUUAGAGGAGGAGGCAGCUGAAAGUCUCAUAGGUGCUGCUAAGAUGGGGGAAGCCUGUGGAGAGAUUGAGGAAGUGGCUUCUGUGUUUGACCCAGAAUGUGGAGAUGAUGAGGAAGGGGCAGCUGAGAGUCUUGUGAAUGCUGCCAGGAUGGAAGAAGCCGAUCCAGAUUUAGAGGAGGAGGCAGCUGAAAGUCUCAUGGGUGCUGCUAAGAUGGGGGAAGCCUGUGGAGAUAUUGAGGAAGGGGCUUCUGUGUUUGACCCAGUAUGUGGAGAUGAUGAGGAAGGGGCAGAUGAGAGUCUUGUGAAUGCUGCCAGGAUGGAAGAAGCAGAUCAAGAUUUAGAGGAGGAGGCAGCUGAAAGUCUCAUGGGUGCUGCUAAGAUGGGGGAAGCCUGUGGAGAUAUUGAGGAAGGGGCUUCUGUGUUUGACCCAGUAUGUGGAGAUGAUGAGGAAGGGGCAGCUGAGAGUCUUGUGAAUGCUGUCAGGAUGGAAGAAGCCGAUCAAGAUUUAGAGGAGGAGGCAGCUGAAAGUCUCAUAGGUGCUGCUAAGAUGGGGGAAGCCUGUGGAGAUAUUGAGGAAGGGGCUUCUGUGUUUGACCCAGUAUGUGGAGAUGAUGAGGAAGGGGCAGCUGAGAGUCUUGUGAAUGCUACCAGGAUGGAAGAAGCCGAUCAAGAUUUAGAGGAGGAGGCAGCUGAAAGUCUCAUAGGUGCUGCUAAGAUGGGGGAAGCCUGUGGAGAGAUUGAGGAAGUGGCUUCUGUGUUUGACCCAGAAUGUGGAGAUGAUGAGGAAGGGGCAGCUGAGAGUCUUGUGAAUGCUGUCAGGAUGGAAGAAGCCGAUCCAGAUUUAGAGGAGGAGGCAGCUGAAAGUCUCAUGGGUGCUGCUAAGAUGGGGGAAGCCUGUGGAGAUAUUGAGGAAGGGGCUUCUGUGUUUGACCCAGUAUGUGGAGAUGAUGAGGAAGGGGCAGAUGAGAGUCUUGUGAAUGCUGCCAGGAUGGAAGAAGCAGAUCAAGAUUUAGAGGAGGAGGCAGCUGAAAGUCUCAUGGGUGCUGCUAAGAUGGGGGAAGCCUGUGGAGAUAUUGAGGAAGGGGCUUCUGUGUUUGACCCAGUAUGUGGAGAUGAUGAGGAAGGGGCAGCUGAGAGUCUUGUGAAUGCUGCCAGGAUGGAAGAAGCCGAUCAAGAUUUAGAGGAGGAGGCAGCUGAAAGUCUCAUGGGUGCUGCCAAGAUGGAGGAAGUCCGUGUAGAGGUGGAGGAGGGGGCAGCUGAGCGUAUUUGGAGCCAACCCUCGGGUGCAGCAUGCACCAACUGA